AUGGCCGAAGACAGGAUCCCGGCCACUUUGAUGGAUGUGUGUAUGCGCAUUCCUCACUUUUUUGAAAGAUUAAUAUACGUCGAGUGCGACGCUUCCUCGAGAACUGCGUUCGCCUUGACAUGUCGCUCCAUCUACGAUUCGCUCAUCGCAUUGCCAGAUGCUGCUGUUGUGGGUGGUCCCAAUGUUGCGCCCUUGCUGACGCGACGAGGUAAUGUCAACCGCAUGAAUCCGGAAAUAGAGGAUUUACUAACUAUCCUGGAACGCGAUGUUUUAUUCAAGGACCUGACAUAUUGCCAUUUGUGUCAGAAGUUGCACAGCCCGAUGAAACCGGUCAACUCGAUGGAAGAUCCUAGGAUACCCUAUUCUAGACAACCGCGGUGCGCUCGCUGGGAAAGUCUACCCACGGUCAAUGGUCACGCAGGUACGUUUCCACCUUCGUUUAAUCUGUUGCUGCUGUAUACCGUAUACGCGGCCAAGCAAAUAACGCAGAACUGGAACCCCAUCGCAGUCGAGCGCUCGCUCGAUGUGACCAUGAGACCCGACGAGUUCCCCAUUCCGCUGCAAGGGUCGGUGAGUGGACCGUUUUGGACCCGUACACGGUUCACGGCGAGCUGCCCACAGGAAGGCAUCUUCAUCCGGGCCGUCAAGACGCUACAGCUACCGGGAAGUUUUCCCAGUCACUUGGAGACGCCCUGCCAGCACACCGACAUUCACUUUAGCAGGAUCACGGGCGGGUUCGAGAUCAAGCAGGUCCAACGCGUGCCCCACGCGUCAACGUGGCUGACCGUGUGGCCGCACGCCGUCACCGUCGAGCAGAUCAAGGGCGUCGUGAGUAACCAGGGCCAGGCACAGGUCCAUCGAAGCGAGCGAGGGUUCUGGUCGACUGUUCAUCACUGCAGGGCCUGCAACACCGAGUGGAUCCAUCAGGCGCGACAGGCAAUGACCAACGCCCGCGUGCCGGGAAUGCUCCUUCUUCGCAUCUACCGGUGUCUUGGCACCAAGGAUGAUAUUUACAACGCCAAAUCGGUAUACCAAAACUCGACAAGAGCUGAAAUAAUGAUUCGUACGGGGUCUACUGCGAGUAUACCGGCGACCACGUGCGCGAGGGUAUUUGGCGACUUGAUGGGCGGGAGCUCAUAG